UCCGCCCCUGUUGCGUUUAUGGGUUCUCUGUCUCACUUGAAACAGUUCUCGUCUUCUUCUUCUUCUUCUUCGUUUUCUUCUUUCGAAGGCGAGAUCUCCGCGGAUCUCAUCAAUGGAUCAGUUCUUUUCCAAAGCUUUAACACGCUAUGCCCUAGCUGACCGAUUUUACCAUACGAAUCGAUUGAAAAAGGCGACUCUGUACGCGAAAAUUAGUCCUCUGGGCGAUCCUAACGUCAGUGUGGAGCCGGAGCUGGACGGCUGGGUUAAGGAGGGAAAGAAGGUCCGAAUCGCUGAGCUUCAGAGAAUCAUUCAUGACCUUCGCAAGCGUAAACGCUUCACACAAGCUCUUGAGGUGUCCGAAUGGAUGAAGAAAACCGGUGUCUGCAUAUUUUCGCCAAGCGAACAUGCGGUGCAAUUGGACCUGAUUGGCCGAGUUCGUGGAUAUCUUUCUGCCGAAAGCUAUUUCAAUCAGUUGAAGGAGCAAGACCAGACUGAUAAGACAUAUGGUGCUCUCCUCAAUUGCUACGUUCGGCAGCGGCAAGUUGAAAAAUCCCUUUCCCAUUUGCAAAAAAUGAAAGAGAUGGGCUUUGCAACUUCAGAGCUCACUUACAAUGACAUGAUGUGCUUGUAUACAAAUGUUGGUCAGCAUGACAAGGUCCCUGAGGUACUAGCAGAGAUGAAAGAGAAAAAUGUUUCUCCAGACAACUUCAGUUACAGAAUCUGCAUCAAUUCGUAUGGUGCGAGACGGGAUCUUGAGGGGAUGGAGAAUGUAUUAAAGGAGAUGGAAUCUCAACCUCAUAUAGUCAUGGAUUGGAACACUUAUGCAGUAGUAGCUAACUUCUUUAUAAAAGCGGAUCUUGCUGAUAAGGCGGUUGAUGCCUUGAAAAAAGCAGAAGAGAGACUGAAGAGUAAAGAUAGAAUUGGCCAUAACCAUCUAAUCUCGCUAUACACAACGUUAGGAAACAAGGAGAAGGUGUUGAGAUUGUGGAAUCUGGAUAAAACUGAUACUACGAGAUUCAUCAAUAGAGACUACAUCACAAUGCUUGAAUCUCUGGUGAGACUGGGUGAACUUGAGGAAGCUGAAAAAGUGCUGAAAGAGUGGGAAUCAUCUGGGAAUUGCUAUGAUUUUCGAGUUCCUAACACUGUCAUUGUUGGGUAUAUUGACAAGGGAAUGUGUGAGAGAGCCGAAGCCCUGCUCGAAGACUUGAUGGAGAAGGGAAAGACUACCACACCAAACAGUUGGGGUGCUGUGGCUGUUCAAUAUAUGGACAGGGGUGAGACUGAAAAAUCUGUAGAGUGCAUGAAGGCCGCCCUUACUCUAAAUAUGGAUAAAGGAUGGAAACCUAAUCUACGUGUGAUUACAGGCAUAUUGAAUUGGCUUGGUGAAAACGCCAGCAUUGAAGAAGUAGAAGCUUUUGUAGGCUCAUUGAGGUCUGCGAUUCCAGUGAACAGAGAGAUGUAUCAUGCCUUGAUGAAGGUUCAUAUAAGAGGUGGUAAAGAAGUACAUGAGCUGUUAAAUCAAAUGAAGUCUGAUAAAAUAGAUGAAGAUGAAGAAACAAAGAAAAUUCUUGGCACUGGGCAAGAAACAACUGAAGGAAGAUCUCAUAUCGAGAGCAGCUUCUUCUUGUUCAGGGAAGUAAGAUAAGUGAAUGGAAAUAAGAAUUACUCUCGAGUAUCAAGAUUAAGUUGAUCGUGUCUGAUUCAAUGAAUUGUACAAAUUUGGUGUGGAGGUGCGCACGAAAACUGAAACUUCUACGAAAAGCUUGAAUUUGUUUGUUACAAUCUAGAUCAAAGAACCUAGAACUUGAAGCAGCUACGUGUUUCCUGUAUUGUUUUAGUUCAGCUUGUCGUCAAUAUUUACAUAUAUGAGAUGUGAUUCAUUUGAGUUCAAACUA